UAACGCAGCUUUUUUUCUACGUCACUACCGGCAGGAUUCGGGACGCCAGGAAGAACAGUGUGCGCCGCCUGUGUAUGUGCGCCGCUCGAUGAAUGAAACUGAACGGCAAACUUCAUUCAUUCAUUCAACUUCCCGACGAAAUUUGACAGUGUUUGCCUGGCAUUUCAUGCUAGCUUGCUCUACCAAGUGCACCUGUGCGUGUUUGUUACUGUAGCUGUGCACUCGUCUGUGUGCGUGCACACGUGACUCCAGCUGCAGCCGAGUGUGUUUAUGUGUGUGAAGAGUCUGUGUGUGCCAUGUCAGUAUCAGUGAUCAUAAAGUGGGGAGGUCAGGAGUACUCCAUCAGUUCUCUGUCUGAGGAGGACACAGUGAUGGACCUGAAACAGUCCAUUAAGACCUUGACUGGGGUGCUGCCAGAGAGACAGAAACUACUGGGACUCAAGGUCAAAGGUAAACCUGCAGAGGAUGAGGUUAAGCUGGGCUCUCUGAAGCUGAAGCCUAACACUAAGAUCAUGAUGAUGGGUACCAGAGAGGAGAGCCUGGAAGAGGUUCUAGCUCCUCCCCCAGAGAACGAUGACGUGGUCAAUGAUUUUGACAUUGAGGACGAGGUCAUUGAAGUGGAGAACAGAGAGGAGAACCUGGCUAAGAUCGCCCGCAGAGUGAAAGACUACAAGGUGGAGGAGAUGAACCCUCCCAGAGAAGGCAAGGGUCUUCUGGUACUGGAUGUGGACUAUACACUGUUUGAUCACAAGUCGUGUGCAGAAACGGGUCAGGAGCUGAUGAGACCAUACCUUCAUGAGUUUCUGACAUCAGCCUACGAGGACUAUGACAUUGUCAUCUGGUCUGCUACAAGUAUGAAGUGGAUUGAUGCCAAAAUGAAAGAGUUGGGAGUGACAGACAACCCUAACUACAAGAUUACGUUUAUGUUGGACAGUGCAGCAAUGAUCACGGUACAUACCCCUAAGAGAGGGGUUGUGGAGGUGAAGCCCUUGGGUGUGAUAUGGGGGAAGUACGGAGAAUUUUACAACCGGAAGAACACCAUUAUGUUUGACGACAUUGGACGGAAUUUCCUCAUGAACCCACAGAACGGACUAAAGAUCCGACCCUUCAUGAAGGCCCAUCUUAACAGAGAGAAGGACAGGGAGCUCUAUAAACUGGCUCAGUACCUCAAAGAAAUUGCCAAGCUUGAUGACUUCAGUGGACUCAAUCACAAACACUGGGAGAGGUACCUUUCUAAAAGGCAGCACCACUAAGGAAAGACUGCAUCCUCUGCAAAGACUUGGGCUGGACACUACCAUCCCGUCAUCCUGUUCUUUCUCAUACACCACACACACACACACACACACUUGGCUAGUAAAAGCCCUUUAUAACAAACCUUACUACAAUCCUAAACUAACCCUCUAGCCACCAACACUCAAAAGCUCAGGACUGAGAUGGGCUUCCCAGUUUAUAUCUUUGCAUGUUCUCUCCUAAAUCACACAAAGUGUUUGCAUUUAUUACAAUAAUGGCAGUCACCUAACGUUGGUUACCUGUGCGGUAAUCGUAAAAUACACCUGGGUUAAAAAACUGCCCCUAGGUUUUAGGCCGCAUGCCACGAUCACCCACGACCCACAAACAUCUACAAACCUACUUAAGACAGGUGUCUAAAACACAUCUUGAAGCCCACACACUAACAGUACCUGAACAUAUUUGAGAUGUUUUAAACCUGCUUGGUCUUGUAGAUGGGUGGGGAUUUUCACAUUUUCCCAUUAUCGGUAGUUUGUCUUUUACUAAAAGGUAGACAUACUUUGCUCUGAUUUAUCAUGCUAUACCAAGCAAUUAAAAUGUCACCAUGGUUAAGGUCAACAGGUGGUGUCCCUCACUCAAGGAUCUUACCUAUUGCAUAUUCCGUAGCAACUGAGAUGAACAAAAGCCAAUAUGCCUCAUUUUACAUGUAUGAGAAAGACUGAUUGAAAAUCAUUAAAUGUGAAAUUCAACGGGAAAGAAUAACUUCAUAAAAUUUAACAAACGUGGCUUGUACUGCAGUACAUCUGUUAAGUUAAUUCUGCCCAAAUUGUAGUGGAAAAUUGGAAUGGCAGAAUGUGUUGAUAGCAACGGUCAAAGAUAAAUCUAAAUCCUUGAGAAUCAAACUUAUGCCUGCAACCGACAUAAUUUGACAUAUGCAAUAAUCCUCAGAGCUACUGUGACAUUAAGAGCUGUUGAGAUCAAGACUGGUUGGAAGAAAAAAAACUUUCAUCAAAACAAUCAGUGCCAUGUGCAUGUUUUGAUGGAAAAAGUCUGGCCGAGGGGGGGGAAUUCUGUGUGCGUGCGUGUGUGUGUGUGUGUGUGCGCGCGCACACGUAUUUGCCCAGAAAUGUAUUUGUGUUUUCCUGUUCCAUUGUUAUGUAACAGCUUGGUUGCAGGAAGCACUCAGAUAGACGCGAAGGAUUGGUUACAUUUCUUUUCUUUUUUUUAUGCAGAAUUUUGAGUAGUGUAUGUUUUGUUUAGAGCUUUUACUGAACAGUUUAGGUACAUCCAAAUGUUAAUGAACAAAGUGAGGAUGAGGGAUAAUGAUGGGAAUGCAAGAAACUGACAGCACAAAAUGUGCAUUUUCUGUUGUUUUUUUUGUAGCUGCUUUAUUAAUGAAAUGAAUGUGUCUGCACUUAUUGUCAACUUUGAUUUUAAGUUAUAGAUGGAGAGGGGGAAGUAUUGGGAGAAGGUGUGUCCCACCCUAUGAACAAGUAGCACCUGAAGCUCUUGAAAUGUCAGGUUUACAGCUCUUUUGGACAUUCGACUCUUGAUCUGCCUUUUUUGUGUUUUCCUCAUCAUAUCCCUGACGUCCUGGCUGUAAAUAUGACAAUAAACCUUUUUUUGUAUCUA